AUGAUCACGAGCUGCUUCGUCAAGGCGACGGUGCAGAACGCCACCGUGAAAUCGAAGGACCUCACGAUGGUCCUGAGCUUGUUCGUCCGCGCGUGCUGCGUCUUGGCGAUCGGCGCGGAGGCGGGCCUCGGCGCCGAGCGGCUCCACAACGUCUUCGCCUCCUACGCGUGCUACAACGUCGUCGGGCUCGUCCAGGGCCUCGUCAUCCUCCGGUACACGCGGACCUCGAACGCGCUGAACCUGAGCGUCGCGUCGGGCGCGUCCGGCGUCGUCUCCCUCGCCUUCGCCGCGGCGCUCGCGCCCUGGGGCCUCGACUGGGACGCGACGUCGGGGAUCUACGUCGCCUGGGGGGUCUGCGCGCCCUUCUUCUUCAUGGGCCACGCGCUCGUCCACGUCGUUCGGGCCGUCCUGCGCAAGGGCGCGCCCUCGGCGUGGGUCCUCCUGCCGCUGAACGUCUCCUUCGUCUCCGAGCGGGACGGCCUGCUCGUGAUCGUCACCUGCGGCGAGGCCAUCAACGCCGCGAGCGCGAUCCUCGGGCGCGCGGCGGGCAGCGAGCGCCUCACCGCGACGGCCGUCGCCGCGAUGCUCUGCGGCCUGCUGCUAAAGCUCAUGUACUUCGAGCUCCAGGGCCACAUCGGCGAGCACGCGCUCCGCGCGGGCGUGCUCCGCGGGACGGCCUUCGGCCUGCUCCACCUGCCCCUCUGGACGGGCAUCGCGGGCGUCGGCGCGUCGCUCCACCUCGCGUCCGGCGACCGCGGCAACGACUGGCGGCCGCGGGAGCGGCGAUUAUUUUGCGGCUUCCUCGCCGCGACGCUCGUCACCCUCGCGGCCAUCCAGAUGACGCACCUGGGCCGCGGCGCGGCGCGCCGCCGCGUCCGCGGCGAGCUCCGCAUCGCCGUGCGCUUGGCGGGCGCCGGCAUCAUCGCCGGCCUCGUCUGGCUCCCGGACGCCGUCCACGCCAUGGACAUCGUGUUGGUGGCCGCGGCCGUCAUGCUCGCGGACUUCCUCUUCGAGUUCUACGGCCGGAGGCCCCCUUUGGAGGUCCGCGCCAAGGACGUCGAGCUGGCCCGCCCGAGCGUCGGCGCGGCCGUCGGCGCCCCGGAGGCAAGUCCGGAGGCGCCGGCCAAGGAGCUCAUGUCGGGCUCAAAGAUGCUGCAAUGUCUGCUCCUAUCGACCGCCUGCAAUGCCAUCCGCAUCCUCUCGUCUCACCACGUCUUUCCCGGGCGCCUCGGCGUCUACCACCGCGUCGGUGAGCUCAUCCCGAGGCAGGACGCGCUCGACCUCGAGCGGCGCGCGCUGGCGCUGCCCCUGGGCGCCUGGGAAACGGACCGGCACGUGUCCUUCCCCACGCGCGACGUGCCCGUGGAGGUCGUCUGCGACGACUUCGACGACGCGAUCUGGGCGCGGCGCCUGCGGCCGGCGCUCGCGGCGGCCUACGGUUUGGACGAGGCCGCGCUGUCCCUCGAGGACUGCUUCGUCGCGCGCUACGACGCCGCGCCGGACGGCGCGGGCGCGGACCGGCUCUCGCCGCACCGCGACUCGUCGCUCCUGUCGUUCAACGUGCUCCUCUCGGACGCCGCGGCCUUCGACGGCGGCGCGACGGUCUUCGACGACGGCGGCGACGACGACGUUAUGGACGCCGCGGACGCGGGCGACGGCGUGCUCCACCCCGGUCAGCUGCUGCACCGCGGGCGCCGAACGACGCGGGGCACGCGCGUCCUCGUCGUCGGCUUCGUCGGCGUCGACGACGGCGCCGUCGACGACGGCGCGCCGUUCGCGAGCGCGCGCGACCUCGGCCGCGUGGCGCAGCUGCGCCGCGUGCGGCGGCGGCUGCGGCGCGAGGGCCGGCCCUGCGUCUUCCGGGCCGCCGGCGACGGCGCGCUGGAACGACGGCGACGGGCCGCGGAUGCCGCGUUCGCGAGAAGCGCGCUAGGUGAGGACCCCGCGCGCGCCGUCGUCGUCGCGUGCUCGUCGCCGCCGACGCCCGCCCAGCGCGCCGAGGCGCGGCGCGUGCUCCGGGAGCACGGGGUCGUCGUGCUGUCGUCGCUGCUCCCCGGCGCGCCGCCCGUCGUCGACGUCGACGGCGGCGCCGCGGCGCGCGUCUCCGCGCUGCUCGACGCCGAGGCCGCGGGCGCGGACGUCGACGCGGACGGCUUCGCGACGCGGCUGCUCGUGCGGCGCGCGGACCGGCGCUUCGACCUGCGCCUCGACGACCCGAAGACGGACGGCGACGGCGCGUGGCGGCGCCUCGCGGGUGCCGUCGCCGCGCUCGCCGAGGACCUGCUCCCCGGCGGCGGGCCCAGGCCCCCCGCGACGGUGGGCGUCGUCGUCUCGCGGCCGGGGAGCGACGCGCAGCUCUGGCACGGCGACGGGAACCAGGCGGAUUUCUGGAACAUCUUCAUUCCACUCUGCGACGUCGACGCGGCGCUCGGCCCGACGGAGUUCGCUCUCGGCAGUCACGACGACGCGCACGCGGCGACGCGCGCGCCGACGCUCGACUGGGACGACACCUACGUCAAGGUCGCGCCGACCCUGAAACGCGGCGACGUCGUCCUCUUCGGCUACGACAUGGUCCACCGGGGCCGGCCGAACGCGGGACAAAUCGACCGCCCCGUCUUCUACGCGACGCUCGCGCCGCCGGGCGCGACGGACGACGCGAACUUUUAA